AGACUCGCUAUUCAGUUUAAUUCCAUAGUGUGAGAUGUGUCAAUCAAUAGCAGAGUCUUAUGCCGGUAAAAGCAUUUUUAUCACUGGUAGUACAGGAUUCUUGGGGAAAGUACUCUUAGAGAAGAUACUCUACAGUUGUUCCGAUCUUAAAAAAGUCUACAUACUUCUUAGAGGGAAGCGGGGAUUGACGAUUCAAGAGCGUCUUAAGACUUUGCUGGAGCUGCCAGUAUUUUCAAGAGUUUAUAGAGAGAAAGCGAAAUUUUGUGACAAAAUAGAACCGAUAGUCGGUGACGUAAGUCAGGACGGUCUGGGAAUCUCCCCAGAAGACAGAGUAACUCUUAUUAAUGAGGUAUCAUACGUAUUUCAUUCGGCUGCAUCGAUCACGUUUACCGAACCGCUACACGAUUUGCUCAACGUCAACGUCAAGGGUACUGAGAGCGUAUUAUCUUUAUGUAAAUGUAUGAAGAAGCUUGAGGUCCUCGUUCACGUUUCAACAGCGUAUUCCAAUACACAUAAAAUAUCUAUCGAAGAAAAAGUUUACCCAUCACCAAUGCCUCUGAGCAUGGUUGAUCAUUUGAUAAAAGAACAGCCAGAUGAAGAGAGAACUAAAAUAAUAAUAAAGGAUGAGCCAAACGCAUACACAUUCUCUAAGAAACUUGGAGAGGCUUUGUUGGCGGAAAAACAUGGUCAUGUUCCCGUUAUUAUCAUCAGGCCUUCAAUAGUGACUGCAAGUCUAUCAGAACCGCUUCCAGGGUGGAUAGAUAACUGGAAUGGGGCAACUGGUUUAAUUGGAUCCAUCAGCAAAGGCAUCCUAAGAGUUAUCCCUGGGAACGAAGGCAACGUUUUGGAUCUUAUACCAGUCGACUAUGUCGUUAAUCUCAUAAUUGUAGCGGCUACAAAGAAAUAG